AUGGAUUUUCUAAAGGAAGGAGGUUCAGUUACAUGUCCCCCUUUGCUCGAUGGUUUGAAUUAUUCAUACUGGAAUGCCCGGAUGAUGGCUUUCAUCAAGGCUCAAGAUGAGAAGGCAUGGCGUGCUAUUUUGAAUGGCUGGAAACAUCCAGUAACUAAAGAUGCAGAAGGAAAAGAGAUUCUAAAAUCUAAAGGCUCCUGGAAUAGUGAUGAAAACAAGUUGGCCAUCUACAACUCUCGUGCUCUCAAUGCAAUAUUCAAUGGAGUUGACAUUAACCAGUUCAAGAUGAUAUCUACAUGUGAAUCGGCAAAAGAAGCAUGGGAGAUUGCUCAUGAGGGAACCGUCGCCAUCAGACAAUCUAAAUUGAAUAUUCUCACAACCAGGUUUGAAAAUCUUCGAAUGCAUGAAACUGAAACAAUUUCUGAAUUUAAUUCACGGUUGUGUGAUAUAGCUAAUGAAUCAUUUGCUCUCGGUGAAAAAAUUCCUGAGGUAAAACUUGUUAGCAAGGCGUUGAGAUCAUUACCACAGAGAUUUGCCUACAAAGUCACUGCUAUUGAAGAGGCGAAAAACACUGAGACUAUGAGACUUGAUGAAUUGAUGGGAUCACUGAGGACAUUUGAAAUGAAUCUGAGUCAAACUAAGAAGGAGAAAGAGAUUUCUCAGGGGAUUACUUUCCAAGCCGAAGUGGAAGAUAAUGUUGAAGAAGAUGAAGACUUCGCGGAGUCUCUUGCUCGAUUGACAAAAAAUUUUAACAGGGUGAUGAAGAAGUUCAACGAGAAGAACCAAACUCCAACUUUCAACAACUCCAACAAUUUUCAGAAAAAUAAGGGAGCUACAAAUUCCUCUAAUGAUAAGAAGAAGAAUAUGAGAAUUCAAUGCCGAGAGUGCGACAGUUACGGUCACAUUCAGUCUGAGUGUGCUAACACUCUUAAAAAGAGGAACAAGUCUCUCAACGUCACAUGGAGUGAUGAGGAUUCUGAAGGCAACCAGGAAGAUGAUGAUCAUGUGAACAACUAUGUUGCGUUCAAUGUCUACCAAGAUGUUCUAAACUGCAAUAUUACAGAUCGUGUCACAGCUCAUGUUGCAACAUCAUCUGCAACAACAUUUGCAACACACUCUGGAAAACUAGAAGAAAACAUAGAUUUUUCAGAUUCUGACGGUUCCAGCGAUGGUGAAGAACUAACUGAGGAGACAAUCAAGGAGGCAUAUGAAACCAUGUUCAACAAAUGGGUUUUGAUAGUUAAAAUGAAUAAGUCUUUGCGGGAGCGAAUCGAUGAGCUUAUUAAAGAGAAGGAUGUACUUAGGAGGGCUGCUGUAAACUAUGAAUUUCGGGCUGUUGAAAGGGAGAAAAAGCUGCUGGAGACAAGAUUUGAAUUAGAGUACACUCAAAAGUCAUUUAAGAUGAUGAAUUCUGGCACCACAAAAUUGGAUCACAUUAUCUCGAUAGGAAAAGCGAGUGGUGAUCGACAUGACCUUGACUAUACUGGUGAGAGCUCAACGUCCAAAAUAAUGUUUGUGAAGAAGACGUCUGCCCCUAAGCCUUUGACUUCCUCCAGUAAGAAGGUUACUAUCUCAUCCCCUCGACAUAGAUGGUUUGUCCCCACAUGCCAUUACUGCGGUUUACUUGGCCACAUAAGACCGAGAUGCUACAAGUAUUUAAAUGAUUGGAAGAACGGUAUGUUUAUUAAUCCACCAAAUUUUACAAACUCAAAGAAGACACCUAACGUGAAUAUUGAUGUGCAAAAUAAUUUUUCUAGACGUGUGUGGGUAAGGAAAUCUGAUUUGAGGUGUCAUAAGGCUUAUACUUCUUUAGAAGCAUGUACUAAUGAUUGUGGGUGUAGUGAUGCUGGUUGCACUAAGCGAUUGACAAGUGUUAAGAGCAUUAUACAUGGAAGAAUGCUACAUUCAGGGGGAGUAAGACAUAGAAAAGAUUCAAGGGGAGUAAGCUACAGAGAUCAAUGCCCUCAAAGAUAUCUAGUGUGA